AUGGCGCUGUAUGAAGGUAUAGCUCUUAUACAGGAAAAACAAGCUGUCGUUUUGGAUCUUGGGACUGAUUACACAAAAUUUGGUUUUACCGGUGAAGCGGCCCCUCGUUGUAUCAUACGUUCUGAAUACUGGUGCCCUUCCACUCGAAAAUAUAAACGCGUAUAUGACUACACCACACCAGAAGAACUUUAUGACAAUCUUGUUCAUAUGCUGCAUUUAUUAUACUUUAGGCAUGUUUUAGUCAACCCAAAGGAACGCAAAGUGGUGAUUGUUGAGUCGUUGCUAACACCUACACUAUUUCGUGAAACACUUGCUAAGGUGCUGUUCAUACAUUAUGAGGUGUCGGGCGUGAUGUGGGUGGACAGCGGGCGAGCGAGCGCGCUGACGCUGGGCGCGCCCGUCGUGCUCGUCGUGUCGCUGGGCGCGCGAGACGCAGAGAUCACUGCAGUGGUUCAUGGUUGUCCGGUGAUCCAAGCAAUACAGUCACAGCCUCUCGGCGCUCGCGCUAUACACGACGAGCUCGCACGGAUACUCGAUGAAGAUAAUGGUACCGAACUGCAUCUAAGUGAAGAUGUGCUAGAGGAUAUUAAAGUGCGCGCGUGCUUCGUGCCGUCGCGCGAGAAGGCGGUGGAGUGGUUGGAGCGCGGCGUGGCGAGCGAGGUGCGCGAGGUGCGGGGUGCGGGCGGGGCGAGGGAGGGGGGCGGGGCGCGAGUGCCCGUGUCGCGCCGUGCGCGCGCGCUGGCUGCCGAGCCGCUGUUCGCGCGCGACAACGAGCUGGCCUCGCUGCCCGACAUUGUGCUGCAGUGCAUCUUGCAGUGUCCUAUCGACGCUCGGCGCGCGCUCGCGGAGAACGUGCUGGUGGUGGGCGGCGGCGCCGCGCUGCCGGGCCUUAAGGCGCGCUUGGCCCACGAACUGCGCCAUCUCGUCACACUGCCGCCAUACCGAGAGCGGUUGGGGCAGCUGCAGUUCAAGUUCCACAGUGCGCCGGCGCACGACAACAGCGUGGCGUGGCUGGGCGGCGCGCUGUGCGGCGCAGCGUGCGGGGCGGGCGGCGGGGCGGGCGCGGCGGGCGGUGGCGCGUGGGCGGGCGAGGCGGCGCGCGGCCUGGCGCGGGACGCGUACGCGCGCGCGCCGCGCCUGCGCGACUGGCCCAGCCUGCUGCACAACACGCCGCCGCACCACCCGCACUGGGCGCUGCAGUAG